AUGGCCACCAACAUUACAUUCCAUCCAGGCUCGGUCACUUCAGCAGAACGAACAAAACUGCUCAACCAAAAGGGCGUCACCAUUUGGCUAACAGGGCUGAGUGCGAGUGGAAAGUCCACGAUUGCGUGUGCUCUAGAGCAACAUCUGUUGCAUCUACAUCACUUUAGUUAUCGAUUAGAUGGAGACAACAUUCGCUUCGGCCUCAACAAAGAUCUUGGAUUCGACGAGAAAUCCAGGAACGAGAACAUAAGACGAAUCGGUGAAGUAUCCAAGCUGUUUGCGGACGCAUCCUGCAUCUCCAUCACCGCCUUCAUUUCUCCCUACCGAACCGACCGUGAUUCAGUUCGAGAGUUGCAUAAUGCAGCACAAAUCCCGUUUGUGGAAGUUUACGUAGAUGCACCGCUGAAAGUCGUGGAAGAGAGGGACCCCAAAGGUCUCUACAAGAAGGCUCGCGCUGGUGAAAUCAAGGAGUUCACAGGAGUGUCGGCUCCCUAUGAAGAGCCUCUCAACCCGGAGAUCCACAUCCGAACAGACCAGCUGGACGUUACCGAGAGUGUCCGAGUGAUCGUCGAAUACCUCGAGAGUAAACAGUAUAUUUAG